AUGUCCGAGUCGCAUCCCUAUGGCGACGAGCCUGGCCAACAGGGCGUGACACCCCUGCGCAGAGAACGAGCACCUACAAUCACAAUCGAUACAUCCGCCGUGAAUUCGCCCGACAUCAGUGAACCCCCAGUUCAAAUACUCUCUAGUCCGCCUCAGCCAACGGUCAAGCUCUCCACCGAUCUCGUCGAAUCCGACACACACGCCCUCAGCAGUGCGAGCAAUGCCUCCCCAACCGAUUUGCGGUCCAGCGCAUCCAUCCGCUCCAAUGCCUCUUCCGAAGGCCGAGAUCGCGAACGAGAAGACCGCCCAACAUCCCCUCAUAAUAUUUCAUCUCACAAGGCCAAGCCCUCCGAGGCCCAUUCGAACUAUCUGUCCGUCCCUGGAACACGGUCUCGCGGCAACUCCUUGGAGUCAGAGGAUACCAGCCAGUCAUUAAGCACCUAUGGCGGAGAUACAUACGUGCCCACCGCGUCUCACAGCUCGCGGUCUGAUCUUAAUAAGAACCACCAUAACGUCGACGACGAGGAUGCCCUUACCCCGGACCCAGGCCGAGAAGAGGAGUUCCAGGUGGAAAAUAAUAAAUUUGCCUUUUCUCCCGGGCAGUUGAAUAAGCUGCUCAAUCCCAAGAGUUUCGCUGCGUUUCGUGCACUUGGUGGAAUGCGCGGUCUGGAAAAGGGGUUACGCACGAAUGUACAAAGCGGCCUGAGCGUGGACGAAACGACGCUUGACGGAGCUGUGAGCUUCGAGGAAGCUACCACCACCAGUGCUACGACCAAGGCCUCCUCUCCGAUAGACUCCCCGCCCGGCACAGGGGCAAUCGUUACCGAGUCAGACCAGUCCUUUGGAGAUCGACGACGCGUAUACGGGACUAAUAUAUUACCGGAGAGAAAACUCAAGACAAUUUGGGAAUUGGCUUGGAUAGCAUACAACGACAAGGUACUCAUUCUACUGACAAUUGCCGCUGUCAUAUCUCUUGCUGUCGGCAUUCCUCAGUCUCUACACCCUGCCAAUGGAGAACCAGGCGUGGAAUGGGUCGAGGGUUUGGCAAUUCUGAUUGCCAUCAUCAUUGUGGUCGUGGUUGGAGCGGCCAAUGAUUGGCAGAAAGAACGACAAUUUGCGAAGCUCAAUAAGAAAAAGGAAAACAGACUAGUGAAGGUUAUUCGGUCCGGCCAGACAGCUGAACUCUCAAUCCAUGACCUUGUUGUUGGAGAUGUCAUGCACAUCGAGCCAGGUGAUAUGGUCCCCGUGGAUGGCAUUUUGAUCGCUGGCCAUGACGUGAAAUGUGAUGAAUCUUCGGCUACUGGCGAGUCGGAUAUUAUGCGAAAAACUCCUGCCGAUGAAGUCUAUCGGGCGAUUGAACACCACGAAGAUUUGAAAAAGAUGGACCCGUUCAUCAUUUCGGGCGCAAAGGUCUCCGAGGGCUUGGGUACAUUCCUGGUCACUGCGACAGGUGUAAAUACCACCCAUGGUCGAACAUUGAUGUCCCUUCAAGAGGAAGGUGAGACGACUCCUUUGCAAACCAAGCUCAACAAGCUGGCUGAAUUGAUUGCCAAGCUUGGUCUGGCAUCUGGUUUGCUGUUGUUUGUCGUGCUUUUCAUCAAGUUCCUUGUUAGAUUGAAGGACGUCGAUGGCGGUGCAUCCGCCAAGGGCCAGGACUUCCUCCAAAUUUUCAUUGUUGCCGUGACUAUUGUUGUCGUUGCAGUUCCCGAGGGUUUACCGCUGGCGGUGACACUCGCUCUGGCGUUUGCGACAACGAGAAUGAUUAAAGAUAACAAUCUGGUUCGUUUCCUCAAGGCUUGCGAGACAAUGGGUAACGCUACGACUAUCUGCGCCGACAAGACUGGAACUCUUACCGAAAACAAAAUGUCAGCUGUUUCUGCCACAAUCGGCACAACCUCUCGUUUUGGAGAUAAACCGUCAGGCCCUUCAUCGGAACAAUAUGAAGAUGUCUCAGCUGCCGAGUUCGUUAAAGCACUUUCGCCCUCCGUUAAGGAUCUCCUUCUCAAGCACAUCGUCUUGAACUCAACUGCCUUCGAAGGAGAGCAGGAAGGUGUCAAACAAUUUAUUGGAUCCAAGACCGAGACCGCGCUGCUGUCGUUUGCGCGUGAACAUCUUGGAAUGGGACCUCCUGCUGAGGGUCGUGCUAGUGCGAAGCUUGCGCAGAUGUUCCCCUUUGAUUCUAGUCGCAAGUGCAUGGCUGUUGUGGUUCAACUAGAGAACGGAAAAUAUCGUAUGCUGGUCAAGGGUGCUGCUGAGAUUCUGAUGUCCAAGUCAACCCGAAUUAUUCGUGAUCCCACUGCUGAGUUAUCUGAAGUACCCAUUACCGAGGAUAACCGUAAUACCUUGGAUACCAUAAUGUCGAGUUACACAUCUCGCUCAUUGCGGUGUAUCGCCCUUGUGUACCGGGACUUUGAACAGUGGCCUCCUCGUGGAGCAGCAACCCAGGAAAACGAUCGGAACAUGGCUGUUUUUGAGUCUGUUUUCAAGGACAUGUCUAUUUUCGGUUUGUUUGGUAUUCAGGAUCCGGUCCGACAGGGCGUUGCGGAAGCUGUUCAUACUUGCCAACGUGCUGGUGUCUUUGUGCGCAUGGUGACUGGUGACAACAUCAAUACGGCCAAAGCCAUUGCCCAGGAGUGCGGUAUCUACACCCCCGGUGGUAUUGCUAUUGAAGGUCCUCAAUUCCGCAAGUUGAGCUCGAAACAAAUGAAUCAAAUCAUCCCGAGAUUGCAGGUUAUUGCAAGAUCCAGUCCUGACGACAAGAAGCUCCUGGUCAACCAACUCAAGAAGUUAGGUGAAACCGUGGCUGUGACUGGUGACGGUACCAAUGAUGCCCAGGCACUCAAGAACGCUGAUGUCGGUUUCGCGAUGGGCGUCACAGGAACUGAAGUUGCCAAGGAAGCUUCGGACAUUAUCUUGAUGGAUGAUAACUUUGCGUCCAUUGUGAAAGCUAUGGCUUGGGGUCGCACGGUUAGUGAUGCGGUGAAGAAGUUCCUUCAGUUCCAAAUUACUGUGAACAUCACCGCUGUCAUUCUUACAUUUGUUUCUGCAGUUGCCAGCAGCUCAGAGGAUUCGGUUCUCAGUGCGGUCCAGCUGUUAUGGGUCAACUUGAUCAUGGACACCUUUGCCGCCCUUGCACUUGCAACGGAUCCCCCAUCACCAUAUGUUCUCGACCGCAGACCCGAAUCAAAAUCCUCUCCACUUAUUACCGUUACUAUGUGGAAAAUGAUUACUGGACAGGCGAUCUACCAAUUGGUGGUGACCUUCGUAUUGAACUUUGCCGGUCGAUCCAUAUUUUCCUGGGAUGAAGGAAUCAACCAAACUGUGGUUUUCAACACUUUUGUAUUUAUGCAAAUUUUCAACCAGUAUAACUCUCGCCGCAUCGACAACAAAUUCAACAUCAUGGAAGGGGUUUGGCGAAACAAGUGGUUCAUUGGAAUCCAAAUCAUCAUCAUUGGAGGUCAGGUAUUGAUCAUCUUUAUUGGUGGCCAAGCCUUCUCUGUCAAGCGCCUCGACCAGGGAUCCCAAUGGGCUGUCAGCUUGGUUCUUGGAGCUCUUUCAUUGCCCAUCGCCGUGGUCAUCCGUCUUAUCCCCGACUCCUUCGCUAGCAAACUUGUCCCGCACUUCUGGCAUCGCAAGAAGGCUAGCCCUGAGCUUGUUGUCUCUGACGAGGACCGUCGCUACGAGUGGAACCCAGCCUUGGAGGAGAUCCGCGACCAGCUUGCCUUUAUCAAGACUGUUCGCGGUGGUCGCUUGAGACACAUCCGUCACAAGCUCCAGCAUCCCCAGGAAUUCCUUCCUCGAUCCCGGAGUGGAUCUCGGUCCCGAGAAUCUUCGGUUCCACCUACGCCAAAUGCCGAUGACAACGGAAGCCCGCCGCCUCAGCCUGCGACCCCGGAGUCUCGCUCCCGACGCAAUACCCGCUCCCGAUCCAACUCCACAUUCGGACCCGCCGCUGCCAUGGCUGGCAUUGUGGCCGGCAGUAUCGCUGGAUGGUCGCCAAUUGAGCGGAGCCACGAUGAUGCGGACUCCAUGACGUUCCCGACUAUCGGCUCUCACCGUGGAUUAGAAAACCAGCGCGGCAUUGAAGUCCAUCCCGACACGACAGCUGAAGAUCGCAUCUUUGCUGAAUACUCUGCCAAUUCCAAGACACCACCCAGUCAGAAUCCAGAUCUAACCCCUUUCUUUGAACAUGCUCCUACCACGGAACGAGCACCCUCCAGCCGAGGCCGCCGAUCUCUUUCUCAGCGCUCCCGAUCGAGUCUGAGCCCAUCUCAGGUAUAA